AUGACCGUGGAUCAGGGCUUCUGGGAGGUUAAAACCAGGAAAACAGCAGAACGCAGCGACUCCUCUGAGUCCCUGGAGGAGUUCCAGAUGGUCCUCAGCGAGCUGGAGGGGGACGAGAGCCUGGUCCGGGUCCGGGCGGAGUACGAGAAGCUGGUCGGCGCGCUGAAGACGUCCCGGGAGAACGAGAAGAGGCUCAUGUCCAAAUGCAGGGAGCUGAGCGCAGAGAUCGUCUCCGCCAAGGCUAAAGUGUCCGCCGCUCUGAAACUCUCCCAGGAAGAUGAGGCCACCAUCGCUUCGCUGAAGAGGGAGCUGGACCAAGCCUGGAAGCUGGUGGAUGCUGCUCACGAUAAAGAGAAGAAGGACAAAGACACCAUCCGGAGCUUGAAAGAAGACAUUUCCAACCUGACGAGGCUGAGUGAGAAACAGACGAGUGUCUCUGCGGGGCAGGAGCAAAGCGAGCUUCUGAAGAUGAAGGAGGAGCUGAGCAGGGAGCGGAAUCAGCUGCUGUCCAGCGUGGAGGAGCUGAGGGAGAAGCUCAGCAAGGCCGCCGCCACUCAGCAGGAGGUCCAGGGCCAGAGGGAGAGCGCCCUGGAGAGCAUUUCCCAGCUGCAGCAGGAGCUGCAGAUGCAGCAGAACGAGAUCUCCAGGGAGAAGAGGCUGAAGGAGAAGCUGGACAAGGAGGCCAAGCAGCUCCAGGCCGACGUGGAGGCGAAGGCGGGCCUCAUCAAGACCCUGGGCGCCCAGAGCCAGCGGGCCAAGGACGAGCAGCAGCGGCUGGAGCAGCAGCUCAGGGAGCUGAAGGUCCUGAACGAGCGUCUCGCCAAAGACCUGGAGCAGCUGCAGGCGAAGAGCAGCCGGCUGCAGCAGGACUGCGAGCAGCUGAGCUCCAGCAGGGAACAGCUGACGCUGCAGAACCAGCAGACCGCCAGCGAGCUGAGGGCCAGAGAGGAGGAGGUGAGCCAGAUGAGGCAGGAGGCGGCCAAACAGAGCAGGGCGAGAGAAGCCCUCCAGAAGAAGCUUCACCAGGUGGAGGACCAGAAAGCCGAGGUCGACGUGCAGAGGGAGACGCUCAAGUCCCAGAUCGCCGGCCUGGAGAGAGAUCUGGAAUCUUCCCAGAAGCAGGCGGAAGCUGACAGGAAGGCGACGGAGGAGCUGAUCCGGGAGAGAGACAUCCUGAAUAAGAACAUGAUCAAAGCUGCACAGUCGACGGAGAAACAGCAGAAUCUGGUGAAGCUUCUGGAGCAGGACAAGAAGACGCUGGAGCAGGAGAUCGGCGGCUACCGGCAGGAGGCUCAGAAGCAGCGCAAGAUCAUCCAGCAGCUGGAGAAGGAGCGCGACCGCUACAUCAACGAGACCAGCGGCCUGAUGCAGAAGGUGCAACAGAAGAUGAGCGACGUGGAAGUGAAGGAGGUGGAGAUCUUCGACUGGAGGAAGAAGGUGACGGAGGCGGAGUGUCAGCUGAAGCAGCAGGAGAACCUGCUGGAGUCCGCCGUGUCCGAGAGGAACCUGUACAGCAAGAACCUCAUGGACGCUCAGGACGAGAUGGUGGAGAUGAAGAGGAAGAUGAAGACCAUGAGCAACCAGGUGACCCGACUGAGGGACGAGAUCACGGGAAAGGAGCUGGCCCUGGCCAAGGACCAGCAGGAGCAGAGACGCCUGGAGAGGGACAACGAGGCCCUGAAGGCGGAGCUGCAGCAGCUGAAGCAGCAGCUGGAGGAGACGAGGCAGCGGGUGGAGGGUCAGAGGGCGGAGCAGCAGAACCUGCACAAGCUGUUGGCCGACGCCGACGCCGAGCAGACCCGGCGGAGGAAGCAGCUGGAGCAGGUCGUCCGGGAGCGCGACGCUUUGGGCAAGCAGCUGCUGAAACGCAACGACGAGCGAGCGCUGCUGUACGAGAAGAUCGGCAUCCAGCAGGCCAUCCUCAGCAAGGGCGACUUCCACUACGGCCAGAGGCUGGAGGACAUCCGCCUGCUCAAGCUGGAGAUCCGCAGGCUGCGGCGCAAGAAGAGCAUCCUGGACAAGACUUUACCCAACACCGAGGACCUGAGACAGGAGCUGUUCCACCUGCAGAAGCAGCUCCUCAGGGAGCGAGCCAGGAACAGCGUGCUGGAGGAACAGCUCAAGCCCAUAAACAUCCACCGCUGGAGGAGGCUGGAGGGCAGCGAUCCGAGCAAGUACGCGCUCAUCCAGAAGAUCCAGGCUUUACAGAAGAGGCUGAUCGCCAAGACUCAGCAGCUGGAGGAGGGAGAACUCUUACUGCAGGAGAAGGAGAAGCUGUACGUGGAGCUGAAGCACAUCCUGGCCCGGCAGCCCGGUCCAGAGGCGGCGGAGCAGCUGCAGCAGUGCCAGUGGACCCUGAGAGACCGAACCAAGAAGCUCAAGGCGCUGAUCGCAGAACUGAGGAUGCUGGACUCGAAGAUGAACGAGUACCGGAGCGAAAACGAGCGGCUGGGCUGUGAGCUGGCCACCGUGAAGAAGAAGUACCUCGGUCAGAAGAAGCUGCUCAGUGAGCCGCGGGGUCACACCAGGCCGGAGCAGCUGGAGCCUCUGCCUCAGCUGGGCGGCAGACCUCAGUUCGCCGGAGGAGGCUUCAGGUUCCACAGCCCUGUGAGGAGAUGA